AUGUCUAAAGAAGACCUCAAGACCAAGGUCGGCCAUGGCCUGGCAAAAGGCCUUGGGAUUCAGGUCGCCUACCGUGACCCUCUCAAUGCCGACCAAGACGCCGUCACCCGGGGCGAGUCGACCUUUUCGGUUGGCACUAUGGAAACCUACUCCUACCUCGAACCCGAACCUACAUCUUACGAAUGGAUCAAAGAGCACACCCCCUCGUUGCGUGCCCUUGGUCUCUAUGUCUACAGCCUCUUCCCUUUCUUGUCAUGGAUUACCCGGUAUAACUGGCAAUGGUUUAUCGGAGACUUGGUCGCAGGUAUCACGGUCGGUUGUGUUGUCAUUCCCCAGGGUAUGGCCUACGCCAAACUGGCCGAGUUGGAUGUGCAGUUCGGUCUCUACUCGUCCUUCAUGGGUGUCUUGAUCUACUGGUUCUUCGCUACCUCCAAGGAUAUCACCAUCGGUCCCGUUGCUGUCUUGUCUACUGUCGUUGGUUCCGUCGUCAUCAAGGCUAAGGAAAUUGAACCCGAUAUUGAGGGCCAUAUCAUCGCUUCCGCCAUGGCCAUCCUCUGCGGUGCAAUCGUCUGUUUCUUGGGUCUGGCCCGACUGGGUUUUAUCGUUGACUUCAUUCCUCUUCCCGCCAUUUCAGCCUUCAUGACCGGCUCCGCUCUCAACAUUAUCGCCGGCCAGGUCAAGAGCUUGCUUGGACAGACCGCGGAUUUCAGCACUCGAGGUGCUACCUACGAAGUUAUCAUUGACACUUUGAAGUACCUUCCCAGCGCGAAGAUCGACGCCGCCAUGGGUGUUACCGCUCUUGCCAUGUUAUAUAUCAUCCGUUUCGCUUGCAGCUACGGCGCUAAAAAGUACCCUCAACGGGCCAAGAUCUUCUUCUUUGCCGCCACCCUGCGUACCGUCUUUGUCAUUCUGUUCUACACCAUGAUCAGUGCUGCAGUCAACCUGCACCGGAAAGAUGAUCCUCUGUUCCAGGUUAUUGGCGAAGUGCCACGAGGUUUCCAGAAUGCCGCUGUCCCGGUUAUCAACACCAGAAUCAUCAAGGCCUUCGCCAACGAACUUCCCGCUGCCGUCAUUGUCCUUUUAAUCGAACACAUUGCCAUUUCCAAGUCCUUUGGUCGUGUCAACAACUACACCAUCGAUCCUUCCCAGGAGAUGGUUGCCAUCGGUGUGUCCAACCUGCUUGGUCCUUUCCUCGGUGCCUACCCCGCCACUGGUUCCUUCUCGCGUACCGCCAUCAAGUCCAAGGCCGGUGUCCGGACUCCCCUUGCUGGUUGCAUCACGGCCAUUCUUGUCCUUAUCGCUAUCUACGCCCUGACGGCUGUUUUCUUCUACAUCCCCAAAUCGUCUCUGGCCGGUGUCAUCAUUCACGCCGUUGGUGACCUAAUUACCCCUCCCAACACAGUUUACCAGUUCUGGCGCGUUUCACCCUUGGAUGUUAUUAUCUUCUUCGUCGGUGUGUUUGUCUCCGUCUUCGCCACUAUUGAGGACGGUAUCUACUGCACUAUCUGUAUUUCGGCUGCCGUUCUGCUGUUCCGCGUGGCCAAGGCCCGCGGCCAAUUCAUGGGCAGGGUGUCUAUUCACUCUGUUAUUGGCGACCACCUCGUGGAUGAGCAAGGGAAGUAUGGUCCCGUCAACAACCGUUCUUCCGAGGAUCAGGACCAGCUGCACCGUUCGAUUUUCCUCCCCAUCAGCCAUAACGACGGAUCGAACCCGGAGGUCAAUGUGGAGCAACCAUUCCCUGGUAUCUUCAUUUACCGAUUCUCCGAAGGAUUCAAUUACCCCAACGCCAACCACUACACUGAUAACCUGGUCCGGACCAUUUUCUCGCAAACUCGCCGCACAAACCCCUUCGCCUACUCGAAGCCCGGUGACCGCCCAUGGAACGACCCAGGCCCACGCAAGGGCAUUGUGGCAGAUGACGAAAAGCACCUACCCCUUCUUCGCGCCGUUAUUCUUGAUUUCUCAUCUGUCAACAACGUCGACGUGACCUCAAUCCAGAACCUCAUCGACGUCCGCAACCAACUCGACAUGUACGCCGCCCCUGAGCGCGUCCAGUGGCACUUUGCCCACAUCAACAACCGUUGGACCAAGCGUGCUCUUGCCUCUGCCGGUUUUGGUUUCCCCACCCCUGCCUCUGACAACGGUUUCCACCGCUGGAAACCCAUCUUCAGUGUGGCCGAGAUUGAAGGCAGUUCCUCCGCCGCCGCGCACGCCGAGAUCAUCAACAACCAGCAUAUCAAUCCGCCUCCUCCGAAGGGAGAAGACCCCGAGCAGGGUCUCAAGAACCAGUCCCAUACUACAACACAUGAGACCAGUCGUGAUAUCGAGGAGUCGUCCGACGGUAGCAGCAGCAGCUCCCGCGACGACAAGCUGCAAAAGGACCUCAAGUCCAGCAAGGCGUACCAAAGCCAAGGGCCGCGCAAGGUGGCGAUGGUGCAGGGCAUCAACCGGCCAUUCUUCCAUAUUGAUUUGACUAGUGCGCUGCAGAGCGCAUUGGCAAAUACACCCGAAAGUGAACCAUACAACAAAAAUGGUGGUGAAGAUGCAUGA